UACUAUGCUUGAGCUUGUUAUGUAAUAGGCCCAUGUCUGUCAAGUUAAAAUUGAUUGGAAUGACUGAGGAAAUAUAUCGUUUGGCUGGUCCUGACACCUCUCUCUCUUUCUUUCUUUCUCUCUCUCUCUCUCUCUCUCUCUCUCUCUCUCUCUCUCUCUCUCCACUAAUGCUGUUAUGUUUUGAAACGAAAACAACAUACUCUGUAUUAAUGAUCUCAGACUAUUAAUAGGCAGUGAGAUGUGUUUAUGAUCCUCCGAUGCUCUGGUGGAGAGGGUAGAUUCAGUUACCUGCUAAAAAUGCCCCUUGCCCCCAGACUGUGUUUCGUCCUAUUGGUGGAGCUAAUGGGGGAGCUGGACGGAGAGUGGGAAUGCCAGGAUUGGACAGCUCCAUGGAAACUGUGAACCCGUGCCCCCUGGCUCCAAACUGAGCGUUACAUGUAAUGCUGACAGAUUAGCUGCACCCAGUGCUUGAAAUGAAAACAUAAUUUGACAGUUGAGUUCUGAAUGUGUUCCUUGCCCCUAUUGAAGGUCAUGUAGAGGUGGGGACGCCAACGCCUGUUGGUGUGCGAUUGUGGUGGUCUUGACUCGUUGUUUUUAUGGGGUAUAACUCGGUUGGCCUAACUGUUGCAUCAAACAAACCCAUGUUGCUGGUGAAACCCUGUGCUGGUGCAGUAACUGAUAACGGUGCCUAGCAACUAGAGUCCUGACUCUUCCAAGCAGACCACUGCUGUUCAGGACUCCUCUCUGACCCCAUAAAGAAGGGUUGAAACGUAGCCAAGUCAGUAUGACAGUUUAAGGGGUCAUCCAUAACUCAAGUUGAUGGGUUGUAUUUUGGCGGUUUUGCAGAUUAUUCGUAGCGCAAACCUGGUCGUUUUUCUCCUGUGGCGCUUACUGUUGUUCACCCGCUAGGUGAAAACCUAUGUGUAGAAUAUGUUCUGCGUUAAACUGUUGCGAGUGCACUGGAAUGCCUGGAUAGAAAAGAACGUUGUCGUCCGUCUCUGAGCAGUUUAGACUUGUCAUAACCAGCCUCAGGAUCAGAUCUAGCCUGAGGGCACCUGGAGGUUGGAGGUUCUUCACUAGAGGGCUGUGCCAGUUUCCUUCUGUUUCACAAAUUAUUCUGUACAUUUUUUGCACAAAGCAAGUUCCUAAGCAUGUCUUGUUGACGUUCACGUUUAUAAAAAAAGAAAAGUUCUGUUCUUAGUCUUGCUCCAUGUGUGACAUGAGGGCCAGUGGGAGGGGGCUGUGAGCCGGAAUAAGCAGCUCACACAGUUCACCCUGUAAUUUGAUAGGUGGGGAUAUAAAUACCCACCAACCUUUCCGGCGUGUGCUUGUUUGUGUGCGGCUGCCCCGAGCCUGGUGCUACAGGGUCGCUCUAGUCAUCACAGACAAUACAUCCAUCCUCCCCUCUGCCCUCCUCUCUCCCGGUGCUGCUCUACGGAAAUGCAGAGAGACGAUAGCUUGUCACGCCGCCCUGCAGCUGUCUUCUGUCCGGCUGCGCUAACAUGCAGCUUCCUCAGUUAAAACGUUUGUCGCUGAGUUCCAGAUUUCCACAGCUCCUGCAGCAGCCCGUCGUUCCAGCCAAUCCGCAGCCAGAUCCCCAUCCCCACUGCCCACGUCAUGCCGUCCACGGCCGGAGCCCCGGCCUCCCAGCCCCAUGAGGCCCAGGCUUCAGCCGAGGCCCACCGGCCCUCAUCUGGCUCCAGAACCUCCAGCGGCUCCAGCUCCAAGUCCUCGCUCUCCAAAUCGGCGUCCUCCCCCAACCUGGACGCUCCGGCCGGCGUGGAUCCUCUGGGGGCCAAGCCCGACUGCCUGAGCCGCUACCGGAGCCUGGUGAACGGCCUGGACCACUCGCUGUUCCCCCUGGGGGACCACUCUCGCCUGGACCACAGCUUCGAGACCCCCACGGUGGAGCCCACGCUCAACCAGUCCGCCCUGCUGGGGGGGAUGAACCCCGACGUCCGGCUGCGGCUCCAGAUGACCUCCGCGGGGGAAACUCCGGCCUGCACCCCCGAGGCCUACAGGGGAUCCGCGGAGCAGUCCUUCAGGCCUCUCCCGGAGGCCAGGCCGACUGCUGCUGGUGGCCCCGACGCCUUCAGCCAGAGAGGCAGCCUGCAUGCCGGGGCCUACCCAGCCGGGGCCUACCCUCCUGGGGCCUACCCUCCUGGGGCCUACCCUCCUGGGGCUUACCCUCCAGCGGCCUACCUGGGCUCCAUGGGUCUGCAGUCGCAGGCUCUGCUGAGGGAGCAGGUGGGGCCCAAGGCCUACGAGCCGCUGCUGCAGGACCGGAGCAGCGAGAUGCCCAUCUGGCAGCAGCAGAACAAGCUAGACACACUGCGACUACAGAUGGAGCACAUGCAGUUACUAAAUGCAGGAGUCAACCAGUACCAGCCUCUCUACUCCGCAUCCCUGUUCCCUGAUGCUGGGAAGUGGGACUCUCUGGUCAAGGCCAAUGAGAGUCAGCUGAAGGAGAAGGAGAUGAUCAUAGAGAGACAGAAGCAGCAGAUGUCCCAGCUGGAGCACAGGCUGAGGGACAGUGAGCUACAGGUCCACGGGGCGCUGCUGGGGCGAGGAGCACCGUAUGGAGACGUGUGUCUGCUGAGACUGCAGGAGGCUCAGAGGGAGAACACCUUCCUGAGGGCCCAGUUUGCAGAGCGCAGUGACUGUGCGGCGCAGGAGGUGGCGGAGGCGGAGCGCCGGCUGGGCGCCGUGGAGACGGAGACACGGCGCCUGACGGAAGCUCUGACGGAGGCCGGAGCCCAGCACACUGAGGAGCUGGGGAAGCAGGAGGAGAGGAUCCGCACUCGGGACAAGCACAUCAACAACCUGAAGAAGAAGUGUCAGAAAGAGGCGCAGCAGAACCGAGAGAAGCAGCAGCGCAUCGAGACUCUGGAGCGCUACCUGGCCGACCUGCCCACCAUGGAGGACUACCAGAGCCAGAACAAGCAGCUCGUGGAGGUGGAGCAGCAGGCGACCCAGCUGCAGGGGCGGGUGCAGGACCUAGAGGUGUCUCUGGAAGAGGCCCGCUCACGCGUGCGGGAGAAGGAGUCCCAGCUGGAGGAACAGAAACACAGAGAGAAGGAGCUGCUGACCACGGUCACCAGUCUGCAGGAGCGCGUGCAGGAGGGGCUGGAGGACGGGGCCAGGCUGCCCUCCCUGGAUGUGGAGAAGCUGAGAGAGGAGAACCGAGUCCUGAGGGAGGAGCAACACCGGCUGAAAAAGGUCAUUGAGAAGCAGCUGAGGAUGAUGGAGCAGCUGGGUGCUCAGAUCAGGACGCAGGAGGAGCAGGUUUCUCACGAGGAGAGCAGCUCUCAGGCUCUGAGUGAGGAGUUGCGAGCCAAAGACCGGACUCUUCUCCAGAUGCACACGGCGAUGAAAGAGCUGUCUGAGCAGAACCAGGACCUGAUGGAGCAGAAGCUGACCCUGCAGGAGCGCCUGGAGGACCCCGAGUGGAGGGGUCCGGACCGGGCCUCCCUGCAGCCGGCCGGGGCCCGCCUCACCCAGAAGCUCCACAGAGAGAUGGCCUCCUGCCUGGGGGACCUCCGCUCCGUCUGCAACGUCCUGACCCAGAGGGCCCAGGGCCGGAACCCCAACCUGUCCCUGCUGCUUGGCAUCACCUCGCCGCCGCUGGAGGAGCGGGUGGAGGACUGGCUGAGUGCGGAGGUCCUGCAGGAGAAGCUGGCUGAAGCCCAGCAGCUCCGCAGGGACGUGGAGGAGCUCCGCACCACCAUCUCAGACCGCUACGCCCAGGACAUGGGAGACAACUGCAUCACCCAGUAGACCCCAGGACAUGGGGGGGAACUACAUUACCCAGAAGACCCCAGGACAUAGGUGUGAACUGCAUUACCCAGAAGACACCUGUAUAUGUGAGAGAACUGCAUUACCCAGAAGAUCCUCGGACAAAGUAGAGAACCACAUUACCCAGAAGACCCCAGGACAUGGGGGAGAACUACAAUUACCCAGCGUACAUCAGAACAUGGAUGAGACGUGGACCCCAGCAGCUCUGUAAACAAACUAAGCCCAGCUUGUCACCCAGACAGGGCCGUCAGUGGACGGAGCUAUGCCAUCAGGGAGCGGAGCCAUGUCAUCAGGGGGCGGAGCUAUGUCAUCAGGGGGCGGAGCUAUGCUGGGUGGACGGUUCAUCAACACUGCUCCAUAGACUCUAUUACUACAUACUGUUCUACAUAGUAUAUAUCUGUACUAGUUCUAUAUUCAGAACUUCUCAACCUCUAUACUAACUCCGGUCCUGCCACUGGUCAGUUCUGGAUUCUGUUGCCUAAUUUAUUUCAUUUUUGGUUUAUAUAAGGAUGUUUGUGAGUGUAUGUUUGUCACAAAAGCCUUCCACCUUACUUCAAACAAGUGGAUGGGUGAGUGUUAUACAAUCUCCCUUAAAAACAGUUUUAUUUAAGUCUUGUCUUUCCUCUUCAGGGAAACGAUGUAGGAUUUGGUUGACAAUCAACUGAAAAUAUCUAUCUGUUUUUGAAGUGAUUUAAAGAAGAGUGUUACUAACCGGCCAUUAUUUCAAAUGGUGUCUUUGUAACAUUAGAUUGGAGUGCGCACACGCAACUUGACACAAAAUAACCACAGUAGGGCUGAUCGAACCUGCUCAAACCACCUACUGACACGUUGUUCUCAAGGACACCAUGGUGGUCUACACAAUGUAUUUACAAAUAUCGAAUGUUUGCAGAAGCCUCAGGUAAAUGAUCUUUUGGAAGAUUUGGAUGUGCCUCUGACCCACUGUGGCUGCCACCAUGCCUGUCUUCAUGUGGCCCCGUGCAGAGACUCUGGUCUGCGGCUGGUGGACUUCUUCAUAGGAGCCCUUUUCUUUGUUCAUCCAGCAAAACAAUCAAUACAUUCCUUGAAGUAGUUUUGGGAAGUAGGGAUACCCAGGACUAUGGAUAUCCAAGCUGUGCACAUGCCAAAGGUAGUUCCCCGUGUGAAAUAACUGGUUGUGUGUUGAUUUUUGUUACCUAAUGCAUUUCAAGGGACGUUAGUUAUUUGUUGUUGAUAAAUGUCUAGAUGUGUGAAGACUCAUUAAAACACUACAUCACUUUAAUUUAACCUUUUUUGUUUUAGUGGUUGCGAGUACAAGCGAAACAUUCUAGUUUUAAUGUAUUGUUGGAAUAAUGUCUUGUUGAGAUCUUUCUGUCUUCUACAAACCGUGGUGCAGAAUGUAAUGGUCAAGAACUGUCUUCAAGCCAUGAUGGAAAGUCAUCUCAACUUGCCUUACUGCAUCUCAAACCUUCUGAAGAAAUGAAAACAUGUAUAUUGAAUAUAUUUUUGUCCUCAGAUUGUAUUUACACAU